CACGUAGCGCUCUGGCUUUCGGAAGAGAGAAGGCAGGCUAGCUCAAGGAAAACCGGUAUAAAACGAUGCAGGAAACGAGCGUCUAGACUUUGACGACAUCAUGGAGACUGAUGCAAACUCCUUCCACGUGGAGUUCCCGGAUUUCUCCUGCUCGCUCCUGAAGAAACUGAACCAGCAGCGGCAGCGCGGCCAGCUCUGCGACCUCAUCGUAUCCAUCGGCGGCCAUCAGUUUCGUGCCCACCGCGCCGUCCUGGCUGCCAGCUCACCGUAUUUCUGCGAUCAGGUGCUUUUGAAGAACAGCGCUCGCGUUGUGCUCCCGGACGUCAUGCCUCCGUGUGUUUUCGAGCAGCUCCUUUUAUCCUGCUACACCGGAGGACUUUCGGUGCCGUCCGGAGAAGUGGUGUCCUUUCUUACAGCUGCCAGUUUUUUACAGAUGUGGCAUGUGGUGGACAAAUGCACCGAGCUACUGGAAGUUGGAAACAAGAAAAACAGCAGCGGAGGGAAUUUCGAGCACAGCUCAUCCCCGAAAUGUGACGUCUAUGAGGAUAAUGCUGAAGAUCUGGUGGAUGAUGGCAUUACUAUUCCUGCUUUGGAAAGCGCCGGAUGCUCAUCUCCUGAUGCGCAGAGCAGCGAGAAUGGAUCGGACGCAAUGGAAAGCCACUGCUCUAGACCUGCGUAUGUGCCGCCAAGCAUCAUGGGGCAUCGAAAGAAGGUGCACGUUAAAGCGGAAAGACAAACUCGGGAAGCCUGCGGUGGGUUGUUUGGCUCAGAACACACUGCGAAUGAUUCUGACGAAAACAACGGGAACACAGUCGAGGAUUGUUUCGACGAGAAGCUAACAGAGUGCUUGGAUCGGGAUUGCACUUAUGAAGAGCCUCUGGAUUUCUACGGAAGCUCCAUGGAGGGGUUUUCUCAAACCGGAGACGAGCUUUCUAAUCCAGAGUCCAAGGAGAAACUUCAGGUGGAUGGGAAUAAUACGGAUGGUCCUAAAGAUGAAUCUCCUGCUGAAAGCGAGCAGACGUCCCACUCAGGGUUUGCGUCGGUGGUUUAUAAGCUCUAUCCGUGUCAGUGCGGCAAAAGCUUCACGCAUAAAAGUCAGAGGGACCGGCAUAUGAGCAUGCAUCUGGGUCUGAGGCCGUUCGGUUGUGCCGUCUGUGGAAAGAGCUUUAAGAUGAAGCAUCACCUUGUGGGUCACAUGAAGAUCCACACGGGGAUUAAACCAUACGAGUGCAGCUUGUGCUCGAAGCGCUUCAUGUGGAGGGACAGCUUCAACCGGCACACCUCCACCUGCGCCAAAGCACAUCAGACCCGACGGGCCUCUCAGACCUGCUAGUGUUCAUUCAAUUACCAGAAUGCCAAACAGAUUUUAAAAACGAGCACCUCAGAUUUGAACAGGGAGUUCUGUUUAGUUUAGUUUAGCUGUUCAGGUGUACACUGCUAGUCAGAGGUUUGGGUUAAUUGGGCUUUAAAAAACAUCUCUUUAGCUAACCAAGGCUGCAUUUAGUUGAUACACUGUACGCUCUCAGAAAUAAAGAUACAAAGUCUGUCACAGGGUGGUACAUUUUUGUUCCUAACAGGUCCUCAAAUGUACAGAAGGGUACCCUAAAGGUAUAAAAGCGUCCCAUUGAGGAACUAAUGUCCACCUACAAAAGUGUACCUUUUGAAAAAGUAUCAUCCCAGUGACAUAUUUGGUAAUUUGGUAAAAAAGUAAUGACAAAAAGUCAAGACAACAAAAUUUUAAUAAGUUAAUCAGGUUAAACAAAAUUUUGUGAGUUAAACAAAGUUUAACUUAAUAUUUCUAGUCAGUUUGAUUGAUAUACUGUAAGUUGAGAUGACAACCCUGCUGAAAAAAACAGCAUAUGCUGGCUGGUAAGGUAUGUUUCAAUGCUGGUUUUGCUGGUCUCAAUGCUGUUCCUGCUGGUCUCA